UACAUGCAUGGGUUCUUCUUCCGUUCACCUUUUGCUGUUGAUUUCCCUUCUAUUUUUUUAGCCUCUGCUCCCCUCUUGCGGGGUCCUUCAAUCUCAUUUGGGGGAACCUCCGUUUAUCACUCAACUUCAAUCAUAGAGUUUUGAUUCUAUAUAGAUUCUUAGAAGAAUGAAUUGCUUUCCGUGUUUUACAAAGAGCAAGAGAAGCAAUAGCAAGAAGGAGCAAGGCUCAGGGCCUACACCCCAGGAAAAUGUUGUAACAAGAACACCACCGGAGGUAAAGAAACAAAAGGCAGAUGACCCAAACCAAGUUGACACUUCAAAUAUUCAAGCACAAAAUUUCACUUUCCGUGAGCUGGCAAUUGCAACGAAGAAUUUCCGCCAAGAGUGCUUGAUGGGAGAAGGUGGCUUUGGAAGAGUUUACAAGGGAACAAUUCCUGCAACCGGGCAGGUGGUAGCAGUGAAGCAACUUGAUCGAAAUGGGAUGCAGGGCAGUAGGGAAUUUCUGGUUGAGGUUUUGAUGUUGAGUCUCUUGAGCCAUGAAAAUCUGGUCAAACUCACUGGUUAUUGUGCUGAUGGAGAUCAACGUCUUUUGGUGUAUGAGUUUAUGCCAGGAGGCAAUUUAGAAAGCUGUCUUCUUGAGAGGAAACCAGAUGAACCUCCAUUAGAUUGGUACAGCAGAAUGAAAAUAGCAUCACAUGCGGCGAAAGGACUAUGGUACUUGCAUGACAAGGCCAAUCCUUCAGUCAUAUACAGGGACUUGAAAUCAGCGAACAUCUUGCUGGACAACGAUAACAAUGCAAAACUAUCUGAUUAUGGACUGGCCAAACUUGCUGGUAAAGAUAAGAUGAACACCGCACCCACAAGAGUUAUGGGUACCUAUGGUUACAGUGCUCCGGAAUAUGUAAGAACGGGUAAUCUCACCUUGAAAUCAGAUGUGUACAGUUUUGGAGUUGUCUUGCUUGAGCUCAUAACUGGACGGCGAGCCAUUGACACCACAAGAUCGCACGACGAGCAAAAUCUAGUUUCAUGGGCACAACCCAUAUUCAGGGACCCUAAAAGAUAUCCAGAUAUGGCAGAUCCAAAUCUGAAUAAAAAAUUCCCAGAGAAGGAUCUGAAUCAAGUUGUUGCAAUUGCAGCAAUGUGCUUACAGGAGGAAGCAGCAGCCCGUCCUUUGAUGAGUGAUGUUGUAACCGCUCUAAGUUUUCUUUCCACGUCUCCUCCAGAUCCUUCCACCUUGCCCCCAGAGAAGAGUGCUUCUGUAAAAGACAGUGAAAGCGAAGAAGAAUCUGACAAGGACAGCCAGAGUUCCGAUGGAGAGGAUAACGGAACUGCUGGUACAGCCAGUGGAAAAUACCAAGAUAGUGAUGAGGCCUCAGAAUCUGAAGAUGAUGAUUAUUAUGAGAGUGAAAACCAGCAUAAUUAUAGUCCACAAGAUAUUAAAGAGACUCAAGCGUUUUACUCCAAGUCAAGCCGCAAGAGCAGCACCAGAUCAAAGAACGGAACCAGAUCAAGGUCUAGUUCAGAUUCAGAAAAUGGAACUGUCUCAACGACUCACAAAAACAGCAGAAAGAAGAGCAGCAAGAAAUCUUCUUUGAAUCAGAAGAGCAGCAAGAAAUCUUCUACGAACCAAAAGAGCAGUAAGAAAUCUUCAGUGAGAAUUUCAAGCCACAAGAAAAAGAAGGGAUCGGAGGAUGGAAGCCAUUCAUCCAAUUUAAGCAGUAAAAGUGGAGAUGGUGUUGUUGAUCGUAGUGGGAGCAAGCCAUCGCAUGGAGAUGCAUCUUUUGGCCUAAUCAGCAGUGACAAUGAGAGCAGCACAAGGUCAGGUCAAAGAACCAGCAUGCGUUUAGGCCAUACCAGCAGCAGGGGAUCAGAGGAGGGAAGUGUUCAUUCAUGAUAGAGUUCUUAUCAAUUUGUGCUUGCAACAACAACUACUUGGCGAUGAUGAACAUUAAAAAGGCCACUUUGACAUGAUGCUUUGUAUAUUUCUGUCAAAGGUUGUAUUUUCUUUGUUUAUACAUCAGUUUGGUCGAGCGAAACAAGUAAGAUAAGAUAACCGUUUCGGGUAUCGUCUAAAUUAAAAUCUUGCAAACUCGAGCG